GACCUUUAUUUGACUGCACCAGGAGCGGCAGAGAACACGGGGCUAGGUCCCUCUUUCCCUGCUACAGAUGUCAUAAAACCACAGCCAACUGUGGACCAUAACGGUGUAGAGGUUCAGGCAAGUCAAGAGAGGACUAUGAAGUGGAGGAGGCCAUCAGAAGGUCCCAAGCCAAGACACUACCUUUUCUCUCUUCACUGUACUCAUAGGCCUUGGGACGCUGAUGGGCCAAACCUGCAAAGAAUCACACAGAGACACUUUGAUCUCCGACAAUACUCAAAUCGCAGUGAGCCACGGAGAGAUGCUGAAUCUUUGUUUCUUUGUUUCGGGUGGGCCUAGACCUUGGGAACCUAAGAAUGGUAGUGAUCAUCUUCAGCAUGACUGGGGUUGUUGAAAGCAUGGGUGAACCCUAUUACCUUGAUUACCUUUAUACUGUAGGAAAAAAUGGAGGCAGGAGAGGGAUAAACUUGUUCUUAGCUCCACCACUGGGCAUCUGGUUCCCAACAUCCCUCUUGCUCACACUGACGAGGGGGGAGAGUUUUUCCUCUCUCAGCUGGUGGAGGGAAAAGCUCUGCUCUAGUGAGCCCUCCCCAGUCAGAUCUCUGAGCUUAGCCAGAACGGGAGUUUGUGGUGGAAAGAAGGAAACCGAAGGGGAUUGGUCUUUGUUCUGAGAGUUUUGGGUGUGUUGGGGCAGGGUGGGCGGACACACAGCAUACAAUUUAUAUUUAGACAAGCCACGCUUUUCCAGAGGGAUGUGAUUGCUUACGCGUCACAUGGUGCAUCCCAGACAAGUGUGAUAACUGCAGGAGAUUUAGGGGACAGCCUAUUCAACGAGGUCUGUGGUGAACAGUCUUCAUCUCUACCCUGUCUCUGAAUUCUUUUACUUUCUCUUUUGGCUGGGAGGGAGGAAUCUAAAGGUUUCUCUGUGGGUGGCAAUAGCCUUGUGCUUAGCCACCCCACUGUCCUGGGGUAACACUGGAGAAGCUUCCAGGGUCAGGGUACAGAGCUUCCUUUGCCCAUUGCUCCUCUUCCAGGUCCUGAGCCCCUCUCCUCGGUUCAUUGGUUCACUGUGUGUGUAGACUGAGCAGGCAGGAGGAGGCAGGCCCGCUAGGAUCUGUGUCGUAAGAGCUGUUGUAGGAGGAUGCUGCAGUGAGAUACUCUUCACUCUCAUCUUGCCUGACUUUUCUGGAACCAGUAAGUGUGUAUGUGAGUGAGCAUGCCGGUGUGCGUGCAGACCAGGGGACGGUCUGGAGGGGCCCGAGAGCUGCGCUGUUCAAAACGGAACAUAUCUGCAGCCAGCCAGAGAGGAGGUCAAACUCUGGGCGCAGGGCUGGAAUGUAAGGGGCCAGGCAGUGGGUGGGCUGAGGUUUCACCCUUCCUGGAAGCUUAGAAGGCUGUGCGGUGCCCUUUGGGGAAGGUGGGGCUGCUCAAAGCGAGUGUGCAAAUUGCUGAUGGAUGCCCAGCAGAUGGACCAUGGAGAAAGGAACCUGCAAAACCCAAACUCUGGGCUGAGAAACACACGCACGUGAGUGUACGUCAGUGGUCAGACAACACCAGGAGACUGGCUAGAGCGUAGCAUGGAGCCCUCAGCCCCAAAGCCUCAUCUGAUGUAUCAGUCUGUAUUUGUAGUCUCCCAGAUCCUUUGAGCUUUGGGUCGCAUGAAACCCGAUCUGCUCCUGCAGCCAACGUGUCUGGAAACACACAACACACGUGUCCGUCCCCUUCCCUCCUUGCCCUCCCACACGCCUCGGCUCACCCAGGAGCAGCUGGAGCUCAUCAGCAUCUUCACAUGUGCAUUCGUGUGGUUUGGGGCUUCUUGAGUGGCUGUUUAUGGCUACAGAAUUGCCUGUUCCGGCUCUGUCACAGAAGGACCAUCUGGCCUAAAUCGACUGCUUCCUGACCUUUAUCCACCCUGCCCUUGGUCUGCCCUUUUUCCACCCUGAAGAUGCUCUCUGGCUCUCCAUGUAUUAUUUCCUUUCCUCCUCUUUCUGUGCGUUCUCCCCAACUGCACCUGCAUCUCUAAGAUGGGGAGGGGGAAAAAGAUGGGGAGGGGGCUCCAGAUGAGAAGUUAGCUUUCAUAGAUGAUUGCCAGAAGCACUUAACAGUGGUCUCCUCUGUCCUCUCAUUCACUCUAAGGGUGAUGGCAUUCCUUUUCUCAUGCCCACCCUACUGUUGCAUCAGAAGCACUGGAUUGUGGAACUUUGUAGUCAACUCUCUCUGCCCAGGGAUUCUGUUGCUAGGGUUGACCUGCUUUUCAAAUCCCAAGUAAGCUAGGACACACAGGAAGUGCCCACCUCCAAGUACACAGGCUGCUAGGGACAGGCAUCUCACCCGAGACAUUCUGACAGGGUUUACCCUGGCUGCUAGGACAAGAAGACCUGGCUUUGGUGAUUCUUUGGUCUGAAGUGGGGGGUCUCUGGGUACUCUUCCUCCCUUCUUCUUCCCUCCCUUUCUUUCUUGAGACAGGGUCUUACCAGUUGGUCGGGAACUUUCCAUGUAGUCCAGGUAGGCCUUGAAGACAUGGCAAUCUUCCUACUGAAUGGUAGGAUUGCAGUCAUGUAUCCUCUCUGUGUGUUGUUCUCUUGAUGGAUGGAUGGAUGGAUGGAUGGAUGGAUGAUGGAUGGAUGGAUGGAUGGAUGGAUGGCUUCUUUUGAACAAAUCUCCCCCGCCCUCUCUGUUUGUGUGUGUGUGUGUCUCUGUGUGUGAGUGUGUAUGUGUCUAUGUGUGUGUCUGUGUGUGUGUGUCUGUGUGUGUGUCUGUGUGUGUGUGUCUGUGUGUGUGUGUCUGUGUGUGUGUGUCUGUGUGUGUGUGUCUGUGUGUGUGUGUCUGUGUGUGUGAGUGUGUAUGUGUCUGUGUGUGUGAGUGUGUGUGUGUCUGUGUGUGUGAGUGUGUGUGUCUGUGUGUGUGAGUGUGUGUGUCUGUGUGUGUGAGUGUGUGUGUGUCUGUGUGUGUGUGUGUGUGUGUGUGUGUGUGUGUGUGUGUGUUUGUUUGGUUUUUUGGAGAUAUGAUCUCACUAGGUCGUCUUGGUUAGGUUGGCCUAGGACUCAAAGAGAGCAACCUAUCUGUGUGUCCCUCCGUGCUGAUAUUAAAGACAUGGGCCACCAUGCCCGCCUUUGGACCCAUUCUUAAGUGUCCAUCUUUCUGUGACAAAGUGCUGAACCAAGAGCUUUUGUAGUGAGACCUGGCCUUCAUCUCUGAGGGAUGAACAGUGAAGGAGUCAAGGUAGAGGCAGGCAGACGCUAACAGUCAUUGGCAGCCACCGACUGCUGCCGUUUAUUAAGUGCUGGCCAUCGUCUUCCCUACUUCAUUGGCAUCAUCUCAUCUAAUCCUGUAGCAAACCCACGAGUAAAAUCCUGGCGUUAUUUCCUUUGUACAGCCGAGGGAAAGAAGACGGAGAGAGGUACGGUCACUCACCCAAAAUUCUGUAGGCAGUAACUGGAGGAGCUAGGGUCAGGAGUGGGGCCUGAUCCAGGGCCCUCAACCUCAAGACUAAUGCAAAUUCAACGCAGGGCAAACAAACGGAAGAGUUAGCUUGUAGAUGGGGCGUACAGAGGGAAUUUCAUGCUGCAUAACUGACACCAUCCUGGGCCUGCUCCAGCUCUCUCGCUUCCUGAGCAGAGCAGAGGCAGAUCUCCUGACCUUGCUCCUGGGUGGGGAGCAGCCCAGAGGUGCCUUGAUUUCCUUUUCUUCUGUGCUAACUGUCAGGGUUUCCUGGGGGAAAGGAGAAAGGCUCGGGGGUUCCGGGUUAAUUCUUCUUGCUGGAAGCAAAUGUCCACACAAUUCUUUGUCCUGUUACUCUUUCUUCCUGUUGCCUCUACAGUGUGGGCUGGAGAGGGAGGAGGGUUUGGCUAAUACAGUUGUCAGACAGCUGUGACUCCCUUAAAAAAAAAAAAACUUUAAAAAACAAGGAUGUUUUCUUGCAUAACCACAGACCAAUUAGCAAACACUGGAAACGCGACAUUGCUACAAUUCUAUUAUCUGAUAUACAGUCCAAAUUUCACUUUACACUUAACCUAAGAACAUCAUUCAAAGCUAUUCCAGGAUCACCACCCCCACUCUUAUCUGGCUUGAGCCUUUCUCGGUUGCUCAUACCCUGUCUUUGCUGAGUCUUUCUGGUCUUUUCCAGUCGCCACCUCCUGCUCUUCCACCUCAGCCCUGGCCGGGUUGCCAAGGAUAGGCAUCUUGAAGCCUCUUUCUCAGGCAUAAAAUUUAAAUGUGGGUGGGGUUGAGGCGCACCAAGAAAUUCACCAAACAGGAUGAAUAAUUUUUUUUUAGCUUGAAAAGAUUUAUUUACUUAUGCAUGUGAAUGUCUUGCUAGCAUACAGGUCUAUGCACCACGCACGAGCCAGGUGCCCAUGAAAGUCAGAAGAGGGUGGCAGAUCUCCUGGAACUGGAGUUUCCAAUGUGAGCCAUCCACUGUGUGAGCCCUAGAAAUUGAACCCAUGUCCUCUGUAGUAUCAACAAGUGCUCUAAGCCACUGAGCCAUCUCUCUGGUCCCAAAAUGGGUGUUUUAGUACAACGUUGAAAAAAAAAAUCGUGAAAAACCUUUGCCAUUUUAAAUCAGAGCAGUACCUCUCCAGGCCACACUGGAGCCCAAGGCCGAGGGAAAAUGCCCUAAACACAUAACUGCCUCGCCAUGACACAUAGGCGUUCCUGUGCCUUUUUAAUUAUAUUGCCACGGUAGUGAUGGUGGGGUCCACUUGCUUGCCUCCCAAGGACCUGGGAUCUGUCAGCCAUGAGGCAAAACAACCUCUCUAGAUUUGUCCCAGGGUGGUAUAAAUCUUGGUUGAGAUUAGGGUACCCCUUAAACUUUGUACCCCUGUGCUCUGCAGGAGCGGUUUCUCCCCCUCCCAGGCAUCCCAUCCUCAGAACAAGGGAGAGAAAGGUAGGGCUCCUAGCCAGAGGCCCUGGCCAGAACAGAGGGAGGGUGUGGAUGGAGAGCGGGGAGAGGAAGGGUACAGAGGCCUUUGGCUGGGAGCCUCUGGUCUAACAGCUUCCAGACUCACGAACAGCUUCCACACCCACUAGACUUCCGGCUAGGGAGUGGUGUUUGGUUGGCCUUUCCCCCUCUUCACAUCAAGUGUGUGAUCUAAUUAGAUCCCUGGCUCCCUGAGCCCUCCCCAUCCUGAUAUCACGGCUCCCUUUAGUUGAUUCUGCUCCCACCCUGCUAGGCCCUUUGCUCUUCGUAGCCAGCCACUUUUAGAGCUCAUGGGGGGUGUUGUCCACACCGGGGACUGAGUGAGCACAAGAUGUGGGUCUGCAUCCCCCAGGUCUCUGAGAGCCAAGCCAGGUUAGAGGGACACAGCCUUGCUGAACUAGGAGGAAGACUGCAGUUGAAAAGACCCCAAGGUAGGUUGACUCAUCCAAGACCUUGUCAGAGCUGUGUAGUCACGUGUGCUCCUUUGUUUAUUAUGGUUGUGCGUACGUAGGAUGUGGAGUGCAGAUGCCUGUGUGCUGUAGGUGGUGUGUGGAGGCCAGAGGACAGCUUUAUGGAGUCGGUGCCCACUUCUACCUGUCCCUGGGUCCCAGAGAUUGAACUAAGGUUGUCAAGCUUGCCCAGCAAGUGCCUUUACCCACGGAGCCAUCGCACUGGCCCCUUGCUUCUGUGCUUCCUUGAGUUGGAAAUCCCUUCCUGCCAGCCUCAUGGGCCAUAAAAGAAUCAAAUGAAGUAGUAGUGGGUGUUUGCUGAAUCGUAAGGUUGUGUUUGACAUAAUACAACCUUCUGUCAUAAACAAGUGAUCCUUUGUUUGUGUACACACAUUUGGGCCUGCCUGAAUUACUUACUGCAGAGCCAUGAGGAAAACACUGGCUGGUCAGGACCCCUGGCCAUCCCUGCUGCUCUGUGUUGCUUCCAUUGGAGGGAAGAGGACUCUAGGAGAGAAAGGCUGGCUUCUGCCCAGUCUCAUUCCGUCUCUGAGCUCCAUCCACACCUAAAACAUAAGGCGUGCGUGCAUCAGGAGGAAGAAAGUUUGCCUAAAGCCUUUUCAAGUGAAGGCUUUUCUUUUUUAUACUUUUACUCAACUAUAGUGGACAUAAAAAAAUGGCACAUAGGUUUAGAGGCUAACGCAAUAUCUGCUGUGAGACAUUCUGCCUUUUUAAAUUUUGGGGAUAAGAUUUUACUAUGUAGCCCAGGCUGGCUCCAAAUCUGUAGUCUUCUUACCAUAAUUAAGAUAAUGAAGAACAGGGUAAGAUACCUCAGUGCAAGGUCUUAGGCUCAGUCUCUAGUUCAGCCAGAGAGAGAGAGAGAGAAAAAGAGUGAGAGAGAGAGAGAGAGAGAGAGAGAGAGAGAGAGAGAGAGAGAGAGAGAGGUUUCCAUCACUCCCCCCAAAAUGCUUCCUGUCUCUUUUUUAAUCCCUGUUCCACCCUGUCCUCAGGCUACUCUGGUCUACUUUCUGCCACUGUAGAUUAGCUUGCAAUUUUUAAAGCAUUUUAUAAUAGAGCCUUACAGUGUGUACUCUCUUUUGGAAAGGUCUGGGCUCUUUCACUCAGCGUAAUUGUUUUGAGACCCAUCUAUUUCCUUUCGUUGCCUACAUUAGUAAUUUAUUCUCUUGCCGAGUGCCACCCUGUCCUGUGGCUUCGUGCUGUGUUCACAGGUUUGUGAUAGUUGUUUUCAGCUUGGAGCUAUCGGGUAAAGGUUCUGUGAGCAUUGCUGUAUAUGUCUUUAUGUAGACACAGGCUAAUUCCUCUUCAUAAAUAUGUAGGAGUGGGAUGGAUGGGCUCUAGGGCGACUGCAUCUAAUUUCUCAGGAAACAGCCUGCUGCCCCCUCCCUGAGAGAUGCACCAUUCCUCUCUGUUCCAGAGCCUCUACCUGCUGGACCACUGGCCAUUGGUCAGUCUUUCAGUUUUAGUUGUUCUAAAACUACCGGCACUCCCACACAUUGGAUGUACACACGGCGUCUCAUGAUCGAUACGAUGUGCACUUCCCGUGUCUCCCUUGGUGGUGCUUACUGUCUCCAUAUAAGUUGUGUGCCCUUUAUGUGUUCUUGUGGAAGUCUCAUGUCAGUUCUAUAGGUGGGAUUCUCUUUAAUGGCAUUUCAUUUCUGGAACAAUGUCUUUUUAAGAACGACAUCUUUUAUUUGGUAUUUAUUUUAUUGAGUUCUUCGACAACCCCAAAGUCUCUGAGAUUUUUCUCUCAUUUUUUUCUCUAGAAAUGUACUUUUAGCUCUUGUUCUUGGGACUAUGAUCUAUUUAAUUGGUUGAGUUUAUGGUAGUAGGACUUGUUUUUUCGUAAGAUUUAUUUUGUGUGUGUGUGUAUGUGUGUGCAUACGUGCACAUGCAUGCACACAUGUACAUGCAUGCAUGUGUGUUCCUAAUACUCUUGGAGGUCAGAAGAGGGCAUCGGAUCCCAGGGAACUAGAGUUACAGAUAGUUGGGAGUAACCAUAUGGAUGCUGGGAAUCGAACCCUGGUCCUCUGCAAGAGCAGCCAGUGUCCUUAACAUCUGAGGCAUCUUUCCAGUUUCCUGAGUGUUUUUCCCCUCUCUCUGGUUGGUUGGUUGGUUGGCAUGUGGAUCUACUAUUGGUCCAGUGCCAUGUAUUGAAAUCAUCUUUAUGUCUUGCUCAAAACAAAUUUAUCAUAAAUGGAUUUAUUUAUUUAUAGGGAUAAGGACAGGAGUUUGAGGAAAGAGAGGAAGAAUCUGCCUAUCUGGUGGCAGCUCCCCUCCCCUCCAGGUCCUCCUUUCCCUUUGGACCAAGCCCUACAGAAGGCUCCUUCCUUUCUCUUUCCCCAUCAACAAUGGCUGGAAGCUGGCUAGCCCCAGCAAGAAAGAGGACCAGUCAGUCUCUGUCUCUAAGUGACUCCACCCUUUCUUGAUCCAUCUUGCAGCUCCCAUCUUCCCUCCCCCCUUUUCUUCUGUGGUAGGACUUGAACUCAGGCCCUCUCUCACGCUAGGCUGGUGCUCUACCAUGGAGAUAUAUUCUCAGCCCCACCACUUCCUUCUCCAUCUGCUUUCACCCUUCCUUAGACCUGCUAUGUAGCCAAAGAUGAUUCUGAACUUCACUCUUCCUGAGCUUCUGCUCUUCCCGCCUCUCCUUCCCUCACCCGGGAUAGACUUUCACCACUUAGUACUGGGGACCAAACCCAGAGCCGGUGUAGGAGGAGCUGCCAACCGAGGUGCACGUGGAGCCUCAGGUUUUGUUUUUAUGAUACAUAGUUUCAUUUGGCUCAGGCAGCCCCAAACCCAUGAUCUCUCCACCUUUGUCUCCUGAGUGCUAGGAGCCAUUCUUCUUAAGAGUUUUCUGAUUAGAAUGCUCUAAAGUCCUUUGAAUUUCCAUGUCAAUUUUAGAUUUUUAUCUUGUCUCAGUUUUUAUUAAAAGAACUUACUGGGUUUUGUUGCAUCAAUAGAAAAUACUGGGGGGAGUAGAUAGAUGUCUUAAUAAUAUUGUCCUCUGACCCAAGAAAACAAUUUCUCCUUCUUUAUCUAAUUCCUCUCGGUAGUGACUUAUGCUUUUCAGCACGUAGAUUUCGCAUCUCUUGUCAAGCUUAGCCUCGAGCAUUUAGUAUCUUCCCACUAUUAUAAAUGGUGUUUUUACUGCUUGUUGUUAGUAUGGGGAAAUACAACUAACAUUAUACCCCAAACAUCUCCCUACCCCUUUCACUUCAGUUCAACCUAAGGGGCUGGGUGUCUGCCUGAUACUAUGAGCUUCUAAACCGUCCUCUGAAAGCCCCAACAUCUUGCUCCGUUGAAAUCUUUUCAGGAGUAGCCUAGAGGCAGCUGUGAAGGUAAGGUGAGGAGGAGGAAGGGGGUCGCAGUACAUUCAAACCCCGCAUAAAACACCCAGAGAGAUAUGAAUGGAGCCCCUUUAAGAAACCAGGGCAAGCUAGGCUCCAGGCGACUGGGGAGGCAUUACUAAAGAUAAGAUAAGGACCCCUGGCUGUUGUGAAUGAGGGUCCUGAGCCGCAGUGGCUGGCUUACUGAUAGGCAAACAGGAACCAAGGUGAUAAGGAAAAUUGCCAGUUACUAAACCUGGCUGGCUGAGGCGCAGAGCUCGUCAUGCCUCUGGGGCUGUCAAGAAGCUGGGUGCCAGCUAUGUGUGUGCAGCAGAAGGUGCUUGCAUCCUACCCUUCUAUGAUAGUCCAGUCAAGCUCACACCAGCAGCAGCAGCAGCAACCACAAACCUCAGGUAGGCUUCACGUGAGGGAGGCACCGUGCUCCCUAGGCAGUAACGGCACAUGCCCGUUGCGUUUCUUGCGCUCUUGUGGGAUGCUCUGACUUUGCCUCGGCCUCAAGGUGGAGUUAGAGACUACCUGAUUUCUCCCCCUCAAUCUAGGAAAAUGUUGGCAAGGGACUCUCUCACCAGCCGAGCUGAGAGCAGCAAGCAGGGAACUGCUUGUUCAUUUGUGCGUUUCUGCAUAGAUUUGCAUGUGCCCUACACAGAGACACUGUUUCUGCUGGAUUUAGAGUUUUCUUAAGUCAGUCUCCUAUUUUUAAAGAGAGAAAGUGGGAUUCUCGUUUCUUCCCAAGCCUGCCUACCUGUCACCUGCGGGUUGUUCCAAAGAUGCGCCAGUGAUUUCUAGAACUUUAGAAUGUAAAGAAUACAUGCUUUGCACAUAAAGAAUACUGUGCUCGCACAGUUCUUUACCUGUUGGUGUUUCCCCUUCUUAGUCUUCCCAAAGCCCCCUCUCUUUCCUGAGUAGAGCAGAGGAGUAGGGGGAGGAGGAGGAGAAGAAGGAAAAGAAGAACCGUUUAACUCAGCAGCAAGUGUUCAGUUGCUUAGGAAGCCUCCAGGAUUCUGUCCUUGGAGCACCUAGAGGCAUCCCCAGGGCCUAGAUGGCCUUCUCUCUGCUUCUGUCCCAGGGCCAUGAAUGCCAUGACUACUUUUGUCUGCAUACUCUCCUCCAGGAAUAAAUAAAAACUAUCAUCCCUCCCCCCGUAUCCUGGCUUCUCUAUUGGCCUGCCUGGCAAAUAUUUCAUAAUGUGGGCUCAUCCAAUUGGGCACCAUGCCAGAGUUAAGCGCCUCAGGUUGUAGGCGUGUUCCAAUUAGGUGAGGAGACCUGGGUGGGACUCCCGGCCCUUGCUCUCCUCCUCAAGGGAGGCAGCAGCAUUAUGAAGGUAGAUGGCAGCCAGCUAAGAGUUGCCACUCGCUCAGGGCUUGGCAAAGGGGACAGGACGGUCCAGCAGCUGGAUAGUGGCAGCCCAGCCCUGAAGGGGUUAAGACCAGUCAGCAUGUGCGGCUGUUAAUGAUUGCUGUCCACAGGGACCUGCUGGGUAUUAAAUGGAAACCUUUCCCUACCCCUGAGUGUGAAAGGGGUUAGAGGCAGCCAGACUAGGGAUCGCACAGAGCUGGUGAGUAAAGUGCCUGUUGGUUGGGUAUAUGUUUGUCUCUGUGGUUCUGGAGCUGGUGAGGAAACGCUAGCUGUGUGUGCUCAAUCAGCUAGAGGGGGCUUCUGUCACACCACAAACGAUUUUCAGCUGGGCCAGGCUCUAGACUCACCCCCUUUUGUGAGAAGGGACUCUUCAGAAUGGGCGACCCUCACAGUCUGAGAUGCAGCUGCUUAGAGCCUGCCCUGCGGAAGAGACAAUGGUUUCUCGAAACCACCCUGUGUACAAAGGCCAGAGGCUCGCUCUUCCCUCUCUGAGCCAUUGUCUCCAGAGAAGGGCCAGGAUCUCUGAGCAAAGGAGGCUCACAGGGACACAGCGGUGGGAGAUGGGGACAGUAUGCUUGUAAAAGGUACACAGUGGGUAAGCUGUGGAGAGGAGCAGGUGGACACACUGAAGGCAGAAUUGGGGAUGAGCUGGUCACUCAUUAAAAGGCUAAGUUGUCAUUUGGGAGUAAAACUGAAAUCUAAAAAAAAAAAAAAAAAAACCAAAAAACCAAAAAACCCCAAAUCUUUUGCUUUUAGGUUUGUGGUCCCUUCCCUGUAACUUCCUCCUGGAAGUGUGUCCCCUCACCUUAGGUAGUGCUAGUGCUUCUUGACACCUUCUGGUAACAUGACCAAGAGUAUGGACAGAAGUUCUUGGCUUUGUAAGAGGCAAUGGGUGCAGUGUCUGCAGAGGUGUGUUUGUGUGUGAGAGUGCGUCUGUGUGUGCAUGAGUGUGUGUGUGUAUCUAUGUGUGUGAGUGUGUGUGUGAGAGUGUAUUUGUAUGUGUGUGUAUGUGAGCUGUGUCUGUGAGUGUGUGUGAGUGUGUGUGAGUGUAUUUGUAUGUGUGUGUAUGUGAGCUGUGUGUGUGUGUGUGAGUGUGUGUGUGUGAGUGUAUGUGUGUGUCUCAUAUGCUUAUAUGAAUUUUAAAAAAGGAAUUGUCAUCAAAGAAGAAAUGUUGACACACACCCCUCCCCCCUUGGCUAAAAGCUCUUUUGUUCCUCCUACCCCCAUCUCUCUUGGGAGGAAGAUGAUUGGAUGACAUAAUGUCUAUGGUGGCCCCACCUGCAUGGUGACUGUCUCUGGAUCAGGGCACUUGCCAUGCUGGUCUUCAAGGCAGAUUUGAGAGACAGGGUAAACUCAACCUUAGUGGCUUUGCCACAAUGCUUCCUUCUGGUGGGGUUUCCAGGAGGCAAACAGAAACCAGGACAAUAAGAGGGAGGUGCUGCCCACUAAGCCCAGGAGGCCAGGAGCAGAAGGAGCCAAGUUUCUGGGCAGUUGAGGCCAAGAAAGAGGGGGAAGUAGAAUGUAGGAGAGGAAUGGACAGACUGGCCCUGUGUGCCUCGUAUUCAGAUUGUCAGCCACAAAUGCAAUCGGACAGCUUUAUCUAACACUCUCCGGGGAAUUGCAGAGGAACUGCUCUACCCAGUGGGGUGGAUGUCACCGGUGGGUUUGCCACACAUGCUCAGAAGGACCUCUCGCUUGGUUUCUGUGCUUGCUGUGAGCUAGAGCCCUGUGUUUUUGUUUUGCACUGGGCCUCUCAGCGGAACAGCCUUGCUCCAACAGGUAGGUGUGGGCAGGCUCCUCUGUAACUCGGGUGUCACUGACCGAAGCUAACAUUGUCUUGCUUGGGAAGCACUGGGAAGUGGCCUGGGCACUAGGACUGGGAGCCCUUUCCUUUCUCUGAGACCAUUUCCCUCCCAUCUAGUGUUUAUCCCUGGCACCUGCUCCUUGGCUAUUUUCAUAGAUUGAGGUUGCAUCACUGAUGACUCGCUCUCUAGGGCCCCAGGUCUGCAUGGGGGAGGGGCAGGGGUGGGGAAGCUCAGGGGAGGAAGGAAGAAAGGAAGGAAGGAAGGAAGGAAGGAAGGAAGGAAGGAAGGAAGAAAGGAUCCUAAGACUGCCUAUCUGGUGGCAGCUCCUCUCUCUCUCUCUCUCUCUCUCUCUCUCUCUCUCUCUCUCUCUCUCUCUCCAGGUCCUCCUUUCCCUUUGGACCAAAGCCCUACUGGAGGCUCCUUCCUUUCUCUUUCCCCAUCAACACUGGCUGGAGACUGGCUGGUCCCAGCAGGAAAAAGGGCCAGUCAGUCUCUGUCUCUGGGUGACUCCGUCCUUUCUUGAUCCAUCUUGCAUCUUUUCUAAGUAUGUUCCUCUGGCCCUAUGCCAAAAAAAAAAAAAAAAAAAAAAAAGGCUCUUGGUAGUGAUAAUUCCAGACUGUGGAGUCUUAAUGCAUUGAUUUAAGAGCCUCUGGAUCAUUAAAACUUACUGUAAAUGGAUUUUCCUUUUUUCAAAACAGGGUCUCACUAUGUGGCCCUAGCUGGCCUGAAACUCAUUAUGCAGACCAGGCUGGCCUUGAACUCACAGAGAAGCUCUUGCCCCUCCACUGCCCAGAUUAAAGCUCUGCCACCUUUGAUUGGAUUUUGGAAUGUGUCAACCUUUUUAAAGACAAGAUUUCUGUUCCAGGCUAGCCAUGAGCUCUUGGUCAUUGUGCCCUCAUCUCUCAUGUACUGGGAUUAUAGCAUGUGUGGACCACUAUGUCCAGUCUUGAUUUUUAAUGUUUACCUCUCUGUUGUAGAUGGCGGGCAAAUUUUCCAUUCUUGUUUGUCUAGUUUGGGACUGUAACAGGCCUUGUAUUUCCGAGGAUACGAGCAUUUAGCCAUUGCUGGAAGGGUAAAGUGGUUUGGAGUUGUCCCAUAUAAUCCAAAAUUGUCAACUGCUGGGAGGAGCAGAUUAGCACUGUCUAUGAAAAAUGAUGUUCUACCAUGAUGAGAUGGUCUGUGUGUCCCGUCUAGUAUGUCAGCCUCCAUGGUUACUAAGCCUGAGUGCAGUGUGGCUAAUCUGAGGCACUGAAAUUUUAAUGCUUUUAAAACUUAAUAAUAAAAAUGUGAGUCUGACUAGUGACCACCACACUAGAUGAUACAGACGUGGGGUGCUGUAGUGACCAUCAGACUGGAUGGUACAGAUGUGAAGUGUUGUAGUGACCAUCAGACUGGAUGGUACAGAUGUGGGGUGCUGUAGUGACCAUCAGACUGGAUGGUACAGAUGUGGGGUGCUAUAGUGACCAUCAGACUGGAUGGUACAGAUGUGGGGUGCUAUAGUGACCAUCAGACUGGAUGGUACAGAUGUGGAGUGCUGUAGUGACCAUCAGACUGGUGGUACAGAUGUGGGGUGCUGAGUGACCAUCAGAUUGGAUGGUAUAGAUGUGGAGUGUUGUAGUGACCAUCAGACUGGAUGGUACUGAUGUUGGGUGCUAUAGUGACCAUCAGACUGGAUGGUACACAUGUGGUGUGCUGUAGUGACCAUCAGACUAGAUGGUACAGAUGUGGGGUGCUGAGUGACCAUCAGACUGGAGGGUACAGAUGUGGAGUGUUGUAGUGACCAUCAGACUGGAUGGUACAGAUGUGGAGUGCUGUAGUGAUCAUCAGACUGGUGGUACAGAUGUGGGGUGCUGAGUGACCAUCAGAUUGGAUGGUAUAGAUGUGGAGUGUUGUAGUGACCAUCAGACUGGAUGGUACAGAUGUUGGGUGCUAUAGUGACCAUCAGACUGGAUGGUACACAUGUGGUGUGCUGUAGUGACCAUCAGACUAGAUGGUACAGAUGUGGGGUGCUGAGUGACCAUCAGACUGGAGGGUACAGAUGUGGAGUGCUGUAGUGACCAUCAGACUGGAGGACACAGAUGUGGGGUGCUGUCUUAUUAAUGAUUGUCACACCAGCCACUAACCGAGCAGCUGUUAUGCGUAAGUUCUCUCCAAAGUGCUUUAUAAUUUUCUUUUAUUUUUUUAAGACAGGAUUUCUCUGUGUAUAGCCAUGGCUAUCUUGGCACUCCCUCUUUAGACCAGGCUAGCCUUGAACUCACAGAGAUCCCCCUGCCUCUGCCUCCUAAGUGCUGGAAUUAAAGGUGUGCACCACCACUUCCUAGCUCUGCAUGAUUUUAUUUAAUACCCCCCACCCCCAGCAGCCCGGAUCUUGCUCUGUGUAACAGAAUGAAAAACUGAAACCCAGAGACACAAACUGAGUUAGUCAGAGGCUCCUGACUGAGAUCAAUGGUUCCACCCUUUUCCUGAAGGAGAAUCUGCACAAGGUGCUGAGACAGCUUCCUCUAUAAGCUCUCCAAGACCUUUCCAGAUCUCGGACCACAAGGGUGCUCUUAAAGUGACGUUCAGCACACAGGGCCUCCUGGACCUGGACAGGCAUUCUGGAUGGGUCCAGGCUUGAUUCUCGUUUCAGCUCUUAUUGGAGCCUCCACACAUCAGUAAGACAGAGAGACAGCUCUACCCUUGGCAAGCUCCCAAGAGGCAUAAGAAGUUCCAAACCCCUCUCUCCUUGCAGUCAGAACUUCCCACCACCCAUCUCUAUGCCACCUUGCCUUGUCUCUCUCAGUCUGACUGAAGCCCCCCAGGGAAGUCUCAGAGACUAGGCUUCUUGGCCAGUGAGGCACAACGUUAGCUUUGCCUUCAUUUCUGCCUUGGCAUCUGAUCCUCAUGUGUCACCAGGUAGGAGCACCAACCCCCAUGCCCAAUCCCCCAUCCAGCAGCUGUCUAGGCUCCUGCCUGCCAGCUCCAGGAGAUUUAUGUCUGUGUAAUCUUUCCUAGACGAAGUCUGACCAGUCAGAGCUGCCAGUGGAAGGCGGUCCCUGUCCCACCUCUCCACCAAACACUCCUUCAGUCCUGUGUAGGAGAUGAGGAUCUAGCACAGCUCUAAAGAUUUGGGCUGCGGGCAGUUAGGAGGUGACUGUUCUAACUUACCCUGCAUCCAGGCACUCAUCACCCCACUGGGAACCCCCACCCCAUAUCCUGCACUCUCUCCAGACCUCCAGCCGGCAGAUGUUAACAAUGAAAGGGUUUGUAGCUGCUGUGUUCUUGGAGUCUUGUGAAACCAGAGUCUUCCGCUCAACUAUGAGGCUGGGGAAUGGGGGGUGCAGAGAGACUGACAGGAGGGCCCAGGGAAGCUCAAGGAGACUGCUGCUUUGCCUGUCACUGUGGCCAGGAUAAACCUUGUCCUCUUGACCCCUCUCUAGGCCUUACCUACCUCAGUCCAAGGUAAGGAUAAGAUAGCAAGGAACUUUAUAUUCCUCAUUCUGCACCCCAUUCGUAGCAGUAGGGCCUAUUUUUCCUGCUGUCUGGUCUGGUAGGAAGGAAGGCAUCACUAAGUACUGUUGUUUUCUUGUAAAAAUGAGGAGACAGGCAUCGAACAGCUUGACAGCCUCAAGCUGCUGGGUGGGGAACAAGAAGGCAUGGGAUGCUUCUGAGGAUGUGGAAGCAGGGUUGUCAGACUGGCUGGUUACUGUCCAAACACUCACUAUAAAAGUCCGUCCCAUGGGGCAAGGAGGGUGGGGCUGCUGGCUGAUCCCAGUGGGGCGCCAGGACCAGAUCUGCUGAGUUAGGAAUGAUGCUUUGGCUGACCUUCAGGAGAGCUGGAAGCAGAAGCUUGCCGCUGCCCUCAGCCUCCGAAGGGCAGGAGUUUGGGAUCCAACGCCGGCCGGCCGAGCUGAGGGAAGAAGCCUAAUUAAGUAUUGCUCUGUCCUGCCACCCCUGUGGAUCCUGCUGACUGUUGGGAGGAGGCACUCUGGAGGCCAAGGGAAAGAAAGAAUGGGGAGACAGAAAGAGAGGGAAGGGUUGGGAAGAAGCUGCAGGUAGGUUGGGAACUGGACCUGCCCUCUCCUGCCAUUUUCUGGCUUGGCUCUUCAGGAAGGCAGGGGAGGGAAAGUGGGGUCUUGGGGUUGCAGGUAGCUCUCUUUCCCUCCUCAUUUUCCCUCCUUAUCUCAACAAGAACAACAACAUAGCAUGGGGACAGCGAAUGGGCCUAGGCUGGGUUAAGGGGACAUGCCCUAUUUUGUACAUAGUGACUCCAGAGUCUCAAGACUGACAGCAGUUCUCACCAAUUUGACAGGUUAUUGAUAUCAAGACAGACACCAAUUUGACAGGUUAUUGAUAGCAAGACAGACAGACAGAGCCUCCACCCCUAGGAUAGUGCACAGUCAUUUAUUAGCCUGGUGCUCAGGCAGGGCCUGUGGCCAGGUUUAACCUCCCAGCUCUGUUAUGGAGAGGUAGCCAGGCCUCAGGCACUGGCCAGAGAGGCUAACUUAACCCCAGAGAGGCCUAGCAAACAGCUUCUCACCUGCUACCAGGAAGGAGCUACACAGAUCAUCUACCCAGACUUCCGCCGUCUUCCAGCAGACAGCUAGAACCCCAUAGAGUAAAAUAAAUAAUUUACAGAGAAGAUAAUUUGAAGUGUAUAGGGUAGGAGAGUUGCAGGUUUGCCUGUAGAAUUUCUUCCGCCCUAACUGAAGACUGUUCUGUCUUGUGCCCUGGCCUGUCCCCUCUCCUAUGGUAGGAAUAAGCUGACCAUGCCAUACAGCAGGAGGACAGCCGCAUGGGCCAGGAGGGAGCACACCUAGGGCCCUGACUUGUGCUUACCCCAUGUGUAUCUCCCUGGUAAUUGAGACAACUCCCCUUUCUGAGGUAGGGGUUGAGCUCUCUGAAUUUCUCUGCCAUCUCCUCCCUAUUCUGACCGCCGCAGCUGGGGAAGGCGCCACCGACCGCCACUCAGGUUGGAGUGGAGCUCUAAGACAAGGCAAAAAUGGACAGGCAGGGCUAUCUGGGUCCUGUUCCCUGGACUCUCGGCCCAGGGUUCUAGCAUGUUACGCUGUUCCAAACUUGGUUGGGGAGGCAUACUAUUUAACCGUACUGGAAAUAACGGCAGCACCGAAAGCAGGGAUGGAGCAACGGCAGAGAAGAAAGGACACGCACGUACAAGCCACUGAGAGACUGAUGGACACGGUUCCCAGCACCCGGAGCCAUUACUGUACUUUGCAUAUGGAGAGGGGAGAGCCGGUGAUGUAGAAAGGGGAGGGAGGACCUUUCUACCUGAAGCCCCGGAGGUGCUGCCCUUAUUCCUCCCUCCGAUUUCUUCUCCAUGCAGCAGCUGUAGGUAGAGCAGGGGCUGCUGUGGAGAGGGGUUGGCUAGGAAAGUGUUUUCUCCCAGAACAGCCAGGGAGCUUCAGGGAUCCAGCAGUCUGGAGAGCUGGAAAUGUAAACUGAGCUGGUUUUUAAUUGGGACAGAAUGCCGGGGCAGAUAAGGCUCUUUGACAAUGAUGAUGAGACCCAGACAGGGAAACAAGGCAAGAGCCAAGCUUCCCUCCUUAGCCGCAGACUCCUCCCUGCCAUUAGACCCUGCUGGAAUUUGCUGGCUUGGAAAAAGAAGGGAUUGGGAGGGCUGGUCCCCUGCCCCAUCUCCACUCCUCUUGAGACCUAGCCACCUAUAUCCUGCAGAACUGGUGAUAGGCAUUCCAAGCUUGGGGCAACAUAGCCAAAGCUGACUCUGUCAGCCAAUUCUCAGGGUCUAUGGAGACAAAGCUUCUUGGUACAACGGGGUGGAAGGGGUGGAGUGUAUUCUUCAGGUUUUCAAAGUUUAUCACAGCGGGAGCUCUUGACACUAUCCUGGGGAGGAGUGUGCAUGCAGCGUGCGUGCGUGCGUGCUCAUGCACAUGCUUGUGUCCAUGCUUGUGUCCAUGCAUGUUUGCACAGGGCAAUGAAGAUGUAGGUUUUAACUGUGUGGUCCUAGGUGCACACCACACAGGAGCUGCGGCUAUCUUUUUUUCUUUUUUUCGGAGCUGGGGGCCCGAACCCAGGGCCUUGCGCUUGCUAGGCAAGCACUCUACCACUGAGCUAAAUCCCCAACCCCAACCACAGAAACGCCCUAACAAGGUGGAGGGAAGGGUUGAGUCUUGGCACUUGGUGUGGCUGCCCCAGCCCUUCCUCAUCCCUCCUCCUCUUGAUUCCUGUGUCCUCAUCUGUCUUUGGCUUCCUUGCUCCUGUACCCAGCGAGUUUCUUGAUCAUUUUCAAGGAUGGCCACUGUGUGUUGUGCAUGAAGUAUUUCACACUGAAGGUUUGCAGGGAUUCAUUGAUCGAAUUAGAAAAGAGGCCUUGUCCACACGUGAGCAAACCAAGGGCCAAAUAGGUGAGGCCAUACUGCAGACUCCGUGUGUGCUACCUGGAAGACCGACCUGCCCAGUUCCCUUUCUGCUGGCACUCCCAGUGAGCUACUGAGAAGUGACCACCUCCCGGGAAACUGAAAAUCAAGGUUGUUCUUUCUUCUGCUGCCAAAUCUUUACUUCCUGAUUUUUGCACUCUUUGGGGAGUGGAAUUUGAAAGGUCCAGUUGGGUCUGUCCUUAGCCAUCUGCCUUGAGAAGGGGAAGCUUUUUUUUGACAUCUCUAAGGCUAGUAAAGAGGGAGAAGAAAAUGGUUUCCUUUAAAAAAUAUUCCAUACCUGGUAAAUUUUCCCUGCUAUCUAACUUAAGAUAAAGACCUGUCAUUCUGCGCAGGGGACUGGCGAGGAACACCAGGCAGGUCUUCUGUGCUCUGGCUUAACCCUGAGGACUUGGGGGCUCUUUUUGCCUAGGAGUCUGUGCUCCCCAUCCCCACCCCCUUGUGCUGUCUUCGAAUAGCACCUGAGAAGUAAUUUAACUUGAGCAAAGGCUGUGGGAGGCCCCUGAGCUCAGCUUGAAGACAAGGGGGGAUAUUUUUGCCUUCUAGAGGAAGAAAACUCGUGUUCCCAAUGCACCCCACCCCUCCCCCUCCUGCUCAUAGGAGCUUAAUUUUCUUCUCCUCCUAAUGAAGAUGGAUGAAAGCCAAGCUGUAUAUUCAGGGGGAGCCAGUCAGGGAAGCUGAGUGAGGGGGUGAAGGGACAGAAACAGAGCUUCCCUCCUGGAGAGGAAGUAAUUAAUUGUGAGAGCUAAGGUAGGGAAGCCCUUGAUAAUGGAAUAUCAGCCUCCAAAUGCAGGUGGCUAAAAAUGACACCAGAGCAUUGGGGAGUCUCUUUUUAUCAGUUCGUUUGUACAUUCAACAAAAACUUUAUCGAGUACCUAUGAUAGGCAGACAGGGAACUCAAGAAGGCGCCUGGAAAGGUUCUGGCUCAAGGAACUGGAGACAGGUUCAAACCCAAAUCUAAGGCUUCCUGCCACCAAGAUAAAUCAUUUACCAAAGUCCCACUGAAUGGCUGAAUACAUUGACCUUUUGGAUUAAGGAUUAGCUGUUUAAAUAUCAACAGCUGUGACCCCAGUUACACCUGGCCAGCUUGGCUCCUCAGGGGUUAAAUAAUAAUGCUGUCUGUUUGUUUUUCUGUUUACUGUUCCCAUUGUUCCUCUGACCUCAGUCCAAACAAUUAGAUCAGUCCCGCCCUCUGGAGCGGCUACCGUGAUAUCACAGAGUUGCCAUAACAACAGACUAUGAGGUCAACAUUAUGCCCGGGUGCUGCAAAACGAAGCACCUUGGUUAGCAAGGAACCUGUCUCUGAAGAGAAGCCUGUAGAAAGCCGAGGAGCUGAAACUUUGCAUCACAGCAUCUUGGCUGUUUAAGAUGACAUUGAGCCUGGGUCCUCCUCUGCUGGGAUCCUUUACAAACCUCCAAAGCACGUACGAGCAUUGGUAAGAGCUUGUGGGGAGGCAGGGGGAUAAAAAGGUGACCUUCAAAAGGCCUUGCAAGAAUCCUAAAGCACGGAGGACAGAGAGGAAGAGAUUUGACUAGCCUUGACCUAUGGAAAAUUCGGGGAGGUUAACAUCCAUGCAAAUCUCCUAGCAGCCGAGCAGAUCUGACAGUUAGCAGCUGGAAUUUAUCAUCUUGCAUCUGGGAAGAUUUGCAACGAUUGAUAUACAAUGACCAACCUCCCCCCCGCCCCACACACACACACGCCUGCCCCAGUCCCUGCCCUUUUCCUCACCAGCCUUGGGAGGAAGGUUUUCUUCCACUGAGGAAAGAAGCUGAUCUAUGCCAGCAGCUGGGACUCCACUAACAGCCUGCCCAUCCACUUGGUCUGUGUGUGUCCAGCUCCUUACCGGCUGGACCAGCACGUCCAGAGGGCCAGCGAGCCACGCUGCUGGAGAGGCCAGCGGGCCAGGCCGCUUGCAGAGCCGCUCCGUGUAUUACGCUCCUGUCUGUCUAGAUGUGAGCUGGGCAGGCCGAGAGAAGAGAACGGAGACUUCUUCGGUUCUCUUCAGCUUCACGGCAACAGUAACAGCCAAUGAACCUGGAGCUUCCUUUAACCCUCAGAAGGGCUUGGAAGGUCUCUGACAAGCAAGCAGGUUUGCAGCCCCAGAGCCUGUAUCUGGGCUGGAAGCUGGAGAGGCUGGAGCACCUUCUCUCUGCAGGUCGGGCUGGCAUGAGUCUCCGUGCAGAUGGGAAUGCAGCCCGCGCUCCUCCGCCCGCCCAGCUGCUCAGUGUCCUCAGCUCAGUGAGGUCGGACUACCUGGAAGCUAUACACCUGCUCCAUGCACGCCUCUCUCCAUUCCUGCAGUUCCCUCUUGUGAACCUGAACUGGGAGGAGGCCCUCUCUUCAUUUAUUCUGCCUCCAGACCUCUAACUAUAGCAUCACAGGCGAAUGCUAGGAAGUUAAAGCCACAGGCCCCCUAGGGCACCUGGGCUACCCCUCCCAUUGCCCAGAGAGAACCCUGCCCCUGUUCUCCAGUGCUAGAGCCAGGAAGAAAGGGCAACCCAUGGAGUCUGCCCCAGCUCGCCCUGCGUCUCUGCCACAGCAUUGAGAACUGGAUCCAAGGACUUACUUCUCAGAGGGAUGUUAGCAGCAGGGUGGCUGGUGGCUCCUUGGAGGCUGCCGAACUGGGGACUGAGCUUCCAAAGAGGAUGUUGAAGUUUCGGGCUGAUCGACGGGUCAGCCACAAUGAAAGACGCAACACGUUUCGACACCCAGUGACUGGCCAGAUCCCAGAGGAGAACAAAAAGUUUGACUUGAAAACAUCGGCCUUGGACAUGUCCAACAAAACAGGUGGGAAACGUUCUGCUACCAUCAACAGCGACAUAGCCAACCACAGCAUGGUGUCUGAGGUCCCUCCAGAGCGACCCAACAUCCGGGCGACUCGAACUUCCCGAAAAGCCAUCGCCUUUGGUAAACGCGCACAUUCCAUGAAGCGGAACCCCAAUGCACCUGUCACCAAGGCGGGCUGGCUCUUCAAGCAGGCCAGCUCCGGGGUGAAGCAGUGGAAUAAGCGUUGGUUUGUCCUGGUGGACCGCUGCCUCUUCUACUACAAAGAUGAGAAGCAGGAGAGCGUCCUGGGCAGCAUCCCCCUGUUGAGCUUCCGGGUGGCAGCCGUGCAGCCCUCAGACAACAUCAGCCGCAAGCACACGUUUAAGGCAGAGCACGCUGGAGUCCGCACCUACUUCUUCAGUGCUGAGAGCUCGGAGGAGCAGGAGGCCUGGAUCCAGGCCAUGGGCGAGGCUGCUCGAGUACAGAUCCCUCCAGCCCAGAAGUCAGUGCCUCAGCCUGUGCGGCACGGCCUCGAGAAGCCAGACUCAGAGAACAUCCCACCCAGCAAACACCACCAGCAGUCGCCUCACAACAAUCUCACCAAGCCAGAGCCCAAGACUCGAGGGGAGGGGGACGGCAGAGGCUGUGAGAAGGUGGAGCAAAGGCCCGAGAGGCCUGAAGUCAAGAAAGAGCCUCUGGUAAAAGCCAAUGGCCUCCCGUCUGGACCUGAGACAGCCUCAGAGCCUGGCAGCCCUUACCCUGAUGGCCCGAGAGUCCUAGGAGGUGGGGAGCAGCCUGCUCAGCCCAAUGGCUGGCAGUAUAGCUCCCCAAGCAGACCAGGGAGCACGGCUUUCCCACCUCAUGACGGGGACACUGGGGGACACCGGCGGAGCUUUCCACCACGUACUGACCCUGACAAAAUUGCCCAGAGAAAAAGCUCCAUGAACCAGCUUCAGCAGUGGGUGAACCUGCGUCGAGGGGUUCCCCCACCCGAAGACCUUCGGAGUCCUUCAAGGUUCUACCCUAUGCCCCGCCGGGUCCCUGAGUAUUACAGCCCCUACUCCUCCCAGUACCCUGACGAUUACCAGUACUACCCACCAGGGGUACGGCCAGACAGUAUCUGCUCCAUGCCAGCCUACGAUAGGAUUAGUCCGCCCUGGGCCCUAGAGGAUAAACGGCACUCCUUCCGAAAUGGAGGUGGACCCACUUACCAGCUUCAUGAGUGGAAGGAGUCUACCAGCUACGGACGGCAGGAUGGCACCGUUUGGAUCCCCAGCCCCUCCCGACAGCCGGUCUACUAUGAUGAGCUGGAUGCUGCCUCUGGAUCCCUGCGCCGCCUGUCCCUGCAGCCCCGUUCCCACUCUGUGCCCCGCUCACCCAGCCAGGGCUCCUAUAGUCGUGCCCGCAUCUACUCCCCCGUGCGCUCACCCAGUGCCCGUUUCGAUCGGCUGCCACCCCGCAGUGAGGACAUCUAUGCAGAUCCUGCAGCCUAUGUGAUGAGGAGAUCCAUCAGCUCCCCUAAGUAUGAUUACCUGGGAGACAGGCGGCCAGUCCCUGCAGGACUGUUCCCCUACAACUACCCACCAUCCCCCACGGUCCACGAUAAGAUGAUGAGCGAGAGCGAGACUCUCAUCAGCAUGGUGAACCGAAUGGUGGAGAACUCCUCCCCCAGGGCCCACCUCUUCAUGCAAGUCCCUGCGUACCCAGAGGUGUUCCGGGAUGGCCUCCACACCUUCAAGCUAAAUGAGCAAGACACGGAUAAGCUGCUGGGUAAGCUGUGCGAGCAGAACAAGGUAGUGAGGGAGCAGGAGCGGCUGGUGCAGCAGCUACGGGCGGAGAAGGAGAGCCUAGAAAGUGCCUUGAUGGGAACCCACCAGGAGCUGGAGAUGUUCGGAAGCCAGCCCGCCUACCCAGAGAAGCUGCUGCACAAAAAGGAGUCUCUUCAGAACCAGCUCAUCAACAUCCGGGUGGAGCUGUCGCAGGCGACCACGGCACUGACCAACAGUACAGUGGUGUAUGAGAACCUCGAGUCCGAGGUCUCUGCCCUACAUGACGACCUCUGGGAACAGCUCAAUUUGGAUAUCCAGAAUGAGGUGCUCAGUCGUCAAAUCCAGAAGGAGAUCUGGAGGAUCCAGGACGUGAUGGAAGGGCUGAGGAAGAAUAACCCCUCUCGGGGCACCGACACAGCCAAGCACAGAGGAGGACUUGGACCCUCAGCCACCUACAGCUCCAACAGCCCAGCCAGCCCUCUCAGCUCUGCCAGCCUUACCAGUCCCCUGAGCCCCUUUUCAAUGGUGUCUGGCUCUCAGGGCUCUCCCACUAAGCCAGGGUCCAGUGAGGAACCUGGCCCACCUCGGCCACCCCUCCCCAAAGCCUACGUCCCCCUGGACUCUCCUCCCACCGUCCCUCCACUCCCUAAUGAGAGCCGCUUCUGGCCGUACCCCAACUCCCCUUCCUGGCAUCGCAGUGGCGAGGCAGCCAAGGGUCAGCCCAAAACAGACUAUGAGCCAAGCAAGAAAGACCCUGGCCAGACAUCACCCCUGGAUACCCACAGAGACAUCAGCCUGGUGCCCACCAGACAAGAGGUAGAGGCAGAGAAGCAGGCAGCUCUCAACAAAGUUGGCAUUGUGCCCCCUCGGACGAAAUCUCCCGCUGAAGAGGAGAUAACCCCAUCAGCGGUGGUGAGGAGGACCACGGAUGGUCUCACCAAUGGCUUUUCCUCAAGGCAAGAGCGCCCCAAGAGCGCCGUGUUCUCCGGAGAGGGCAAGGUGAAGAUGAGUGUCGAGGAGCAGAUGGACCGGAUGAGACGGCACCAGAGUGGCUCCAUGAAGGAAAAGCGGAGGAGCCUACAGCUGCCAGCCAGCCCAGCCCCUGAGCCCAGCACCCGGCCUACCUACAAAGUGGUGCGCCGCCACCGCAGCAUUCACGAGGUGGACAUCUCCAACCUGGAGGCAGCCCUGAGGGCCGAGGAGCCUGGUGGUCAGGCAUAUGAGACUCCUCGGGAGGAGAUCGCAAGGCUUCGCAAAAUGGAGCUGGAGCCGCAGCACUACGAUGUGGACAUCAAUAAGGAGCUAUCCACUCCAGACAAAGUCCUCAUCCCUGAACGGUACAUUGACCUGGAACCGGUCGCUCCCUUGAGCCCGGAGGAAUUGAAGGAGAAGCAGAAGAAGGUGGAGAGAAUCAAGACGCUCAUUGCUAAGUCCAGUAUGCAGAACGUGGUGCCCAUCGGCGAGGGGGACUCUGUGGACGUGCCCCAGGACUCAGAGAGCCAGCUGCAGGAGCAGGAGAAGCGGAUUGAAAUCUCCUGUGCCCUGGCGACCGAGGCCUCCCGCAGGGGCCGCAUGCUGUCUGUGCAAGCCCUGGCUGAGGCCAAUGCUGUGAAGCUACACAGAGCCACCUUCUGAUAGCAUCCACUGCACACCUAGGGCUCUGGCUUCUCAUCCUGGCCUCCCGCCCUCGCACCCACCAUGGGAAUGCCUCAGAGAGCCAGGCUGGGGACCGGGGGCUGCCUCAUAAAGGAACAUGGAUGCCUUCAAGUUCACAUCUGCUGCUCUUGCCCUGAAGCCUGCACUAUCUCGGCAUGGUUCUAAGGCAAGACCUGGGAUGGCAAGGCCAGGAUGGCGUCCUCUCUGAGGCUCCAGUCGCAGGGAGCUCAAGUGCAGUUCUGGAUGGCAUUGUGUGGCCCUCCUGCACCAUCCCCCGAUGGACUCUGUGUGCUGAUGGGGAGCAUGUGCUCAGCUAUGGGUGGGGUCUAGAAGUGAAGACAAGACAGACUCUCCAUCCAUCCCUUGGAACCCAUACAACACAGCGAGAGGCCAGCUCUUGCCAUCACCCCACUCCCGUUCAGUCCCAGCUGCCUCAGCGAUGCCCGAGGCUUUGGCACGGCUCUGCUGGUGGGUUUCCCAGAGUUCACUGGAGGCUGGCCACCCUGCUUGAGCCAAAGAAGAUGAUGAGUUAUAAGGAGAGGCUCCUGGGCUCCCGGAGGGGUCAGGUGUGUUACAGCGAGACGACAGCAGGUCUGCACGGUGUCUGAGGGCAAGUUGGAAACAGGAGCAAGAUGGAAAGAGGGAAGAGGCUUAGAGAGCGAAGGGAGAGAAGGCCAGAUGCUUUUCACAAGCAACAGGAAUGUAAAGAAGGAGGGAAAAGGGAAAGGAGAAUAGGAAUGGCUUCCAUAGUGUAGAGCCUUUGGUUAGUGCCAAGCAGAGGGCCUGUCACCUCUGUACCUUCACGUCUUCCUCAGGUACAGGAGGCCCCAGGGGGACUCGUGCCAGGCACACGUCAGCCCCAGCUGAGGUGCUUGGUAUGAGGUAAGGGAGUGCUAGCGUGAGGUAGCCUGUGAGGUGGUCCUAUCUGUGUCAAGGCUUGCCGUCUCUCUCUGAGGCUCGUGGGCAGAGAGGAGACUGUCUUAUAUAAAGUCUUGUCAACCUUGGGGCCUUACCUAGCCAGUUUAAACCUGGAAAGUACUGUGGGGCUGACUGAGAAUUGCUCUAGGAGGAGGGAAUGAGGAUUUUACUGUGAGGCCAAGUUCUAGGUCUUUCCUUCUCAUCUCAGGCAUCUAGAGCAGAGGCUUUCUUACACCCACCUACCCAGGGAGGACAGGACAGGGAGAGACCGUAACAGAGCACAGUCUUCCUCUAGCCCACCUACCGUACGUGAAUGCAGCCAGAGAGCAGCAAAGGAAGGCUAGCUUCAGGCACCAAGCCCCCAGGCCUGCUCUGCCAGAUUCGCUGCCCAGAGACUUCAGCCUGAACAUCGGUGGCCCCAGGGAAAAAAACUGUGUCAUCUCCCAUCUGUUCAUCGUCACUCCGUCAUGGUCUGGCAGUUACUGGUUCAUAUGCAAGUAAAGAUGACCAUUCACUCAACAAAUGCUAGUCAAGCACUUUUUGUGGAUCAGGUACUGUUCUAGGUGCUUAGGAUAUUGUCUUGCUUCCGGGGGACUCUGGAACAGGAGGAUUCCACCUGUCUUCAGCUCUGUCAGGCCUCUGGGAAGUGCUCCUUUAUGACUUCCUAUAUCUGCAUAAUUCACAAACCCCAAAUCUACCCUUUCUUCCUUAAAGGCUGGUAGGGGAUCAGCUCCCAAGUUACCUUCUCUCCCCAUCCCCUCUUCCAAAAGAAACCAGAUUUUUAGGGCUUUCCCUGCCUUUGUCUCUCCUUUUUAAAAAAAAUAAUGGUAUUUUUAGAAAUACACGUGAAAUACCAAGAAAUGUCUUUGCCUCUCCUACCGCUCUCCCCCGCAUUUCAUAAAGCUGGUUCUUUAUGUUGCUUUACAUGCCUUAAUAUAUGUUUUAUGGAAGUGAUCAUGUCAUAGAUACCCAUGUAAUAUAUAUUUGUCUGGAUGUCAACCCUUUCCUCAGCUCCCGCCCCGACCAGUUUCUGUCCACGUCAUUCUUAGCAUGUUGAAGCCACAAUCCUUGCCUUUUUGAUCCAAAGAAGGGGAGAGGAAAGAUUUAUUUUAAGGCAGACCUUAUUCUAUGCUUUUGUUUAAAAAGCAGAUCUAUUUUCAAAAUGUGCAAUGUCUGAAAGGGACUGAUGAUAUGCGAGGGGACUCGGGUGGCUAUCCCCGGUCCCAGAGUCUAUGCCCUUCCCUCCCCCAGUGGCUUCCUUCCCAUUACCCAGUCAUUGGAAAGGGCUGGUCCCCAGGUUCGCCUGGAUGGUGUUCUGCAGGAGAAAAACAUUUCCCUCGAAAGUCCUGGUCUAAGAAUUUGACUUCACUGUCAACUUUAGAAAGCAGCCCAAGGGAUGUCAAGCAUUGAGGGCAGCAUGUCAAGCAUCUAAAGGAAAUGUUUACAACUGCAGAUGUACAGUCCUCACACGGGCCCCUGGACCACCUCCCAUCAUCCCUCUGUGAGAAAAGGCCAACAGGUUGCUGGCAGCCAUCUUGAAUGGUGUCAGUCUGCUCCCUGACAGACCCAAGACACAAGGCGAAACCCAGAGAGAGAGGCUCGGGACCCCCUGUGUUCUUUGGUGAAUACUGUGAGCUUCCCAGGCCUCUCACACUUUCUCCUGAGCCCACUCUAUGUCACACCUAUUUCCCUCUAAGACUUAUUUUCUAGGAGUUAUGGCACAUCGGUCUGGCAUCCAGACGUGAAGCCUGGUUCCUGGCGGGGGAGGGCCCCCGCAGUCGAAGUUUAAGUCUUUCCCAAGUAGAAGCCCUCAGUGCUCUGACAGGCUGUGGGCUGGAGUUCUGCCUGUGCCAGCUUAGAUUGCCAAACAUGCUUUCUGACAGGUGAUGUGAACAAGGAGGUUGGGAAGGAUAGAGAGACCUCUCCCCAGGUCUGAAACAAUGUGUUUGGGAAUUUUACAUCACUUCUGGCCAGCUUUUGAAGCCUGACCUCCAACUCUGGCAUUUGUUGGCCCUCUUCCCAGACUGGAGCCUCUUGCUGUGAAUGAACAGGACCCCAGACAUAGGCCUAGGGUUAAGCACCCCUUCAGGGGAAAGUUCUGGCUACCCACACAGGGCCUUCCCAAUGAACGCAUUACCUCCUCCCACCGAAAGCCAAAAGGCUGCGAUCAGAUACUGUUACCGUCACUUUAAAGAUUUUUCUGAGGAAGCAAGCUUGCAAGCCGCAAGCGUGCUCUCCUGCUUUUGUGAAAGGCAUGUUCUUGGGGCAAGGCUACUACUGCAAGAUGGAACCCCUUCCUUCCCCCUCAGGCACCCUCCUCCUGGCAGCUCUUUAAGGAAAAAUACUAUAUAUAAAUAUAUAUAAAUAUAUACAUAUCUAUUUAUGCACAUAUUUGGGGCCAAUUUGGUUUGCUAGUGUUAGACAAUAAACCAUACAAGGAAAUCUAUGAUCUCAGUGUCUUUAUUUAGUAUGGAAGUGACCUUAGACAAAGAGUUAAGGUUAGAUGAACAGCCUCUCUGUUGGGAUCACACCGAGGUAGCAUCCCCUGAGCAUCUGUCUAGCCGACCACCCUUCCCUGGAGAGGGAGCGCCUGGCUGAAGCAGGUGAGAACUUGCUCCCACCCUUCAGCCGCAAUCUUACUAGAUUAGGUACUGAAGAGCCCCACUGAGCUCUGCGUUUGUACCUUGCAAGUUUGUAUAAACCAAUGCUGGAAAUAAAAUGAGUGGUUUGUA